AUGCCACCCAAGAAAGCCGAGAAAGGCGGCCCUGCCAAAAAGCCCUCGGCCACCAAACAGGUCGAGGAUAAGACUUUUGGCAUGAAGAAUAAAAGAGGAGCUGUUGCCAAGAAACAGAUUGCCCAGAUGACCAGCAAUCUGAAGAAUGGUGUAAGCCCUGAAGAAAAGAAGAAGCAAGCAGAGAAGGCUCAACGAGAGAAGGAGAAGAAGGCAGCAGAGGACGCUAAAAAGGAAGCGGCAUUGCUUCUGAACCGUCCUGCCCAAAUACAAAAAAUCCCUUUUGGUGUAGAUCCCAAGACGGUUCUGUGUAUUUUCUUCAAAAAGGGAGACUGUGAGAAGGGCCGAAAGUGCAAAUUCUCGCAUGACCCCAACAUCGAGCGAAAGACUGAAAAGAAGAAUCUCUACGCAGACACGAGAGGGCAGGAAGAGGAAGACAAGAAGAAGCAAGAAACGUCUGCCGAGUGGGAUGAAGAACAGCUGCGAAAGGUUGUCCUGUCCAAGAAAGGCAACCAGCAAACGACGACAGAAAAGGUGUGCAAAUACUUCAUUUCGGCCAUUGAGGAUGGAAAGUAUGGCUGGUUCUGGGUCUGUCCAAAUGGCGGAGACAAGUGCAUGUAUAGGCAUGCUCUACCUCCUGGUUUCGUCUUGAAAACAAAGGAACAAAGGGCAGCAGAGAAAGCACUCAUGGAUAAGUCCCCACUCAAGACGCUCACUCUCGAAGACUUCUUGGAGUCUGAGCGACACAAACUUACUGGCACGCUUACGCCCGUCACGCCAGAGUCCUUUGCCAAGUGGAAGAAGGAACGUCUUGACAAGAAGGCUGCUGAAGAGCAGCUCCGAAAGGCCAAAGAGAACACUGGUCGUGCAUUGUUCGAGAGCGGCAAGUGGCGUGACGAAGAUGACUCUGACGAGGAAGACGACGACGACGCAUGGAACCUGGACAAAUUGCGAUACGAGACUGAGGCUUUGCGAGAGAAGAAGGAAGAGCAACGACUCGCCACCCUUCAUGGAGAUGAAACGCCACGAACGAUAGAUGCUGCCGACUCAGAGGAUGCUGGGCAGCAAGCGAAUGGGACAGUAGAGGCGGGACCUUCUGGGACUUGA